AUGGCUCAGGCGCAGCAACCCGACAUUCCGUCGCUUCUCCUCUCCGAUGACGAGAUGGAACAAGUCCGCACCGUCCUCGGCGCUCGUGCCCAGGCUGUCGUGACGGCGGUCGCGCAAGUCCACCUCGCGCAAAACCCGCGCUCUUGGUCCAAGAUUGCUACCGGCGCACUGGCGUUCGUCCGCGACAAGGCGGCUCGCUCGUACUUUAUCCGGCUGAUUGACAUUGAGCAAGGCACGGUGCGCUUCCAGCAGGAGCUGUACACGGAGUGCGUGUACAAGUGCCCCCGCCCGCUCUUCCACUCGUUCGCGGGCGACAAGUGCAUGGUUGGCCUCGCCUUCGCCGAUCAGACAGAGGCGACCAACUUUAAGAACGCCGUCCAGGGCCAGCUCGACAAGGUCAACAAGCGCAAGACGGUUGCCCCGCGCAACCCGGCCCCGCGCCCGGCGUCCAGCCCGUCGCCGCAGCCCGGCUUGGGCUCGGCCAGCGUCUCGAUCUCUGGACCCAUGGCUGGCUCGGGCCAGGUGACGCUCAACUCUCUCUCGGGCAAAGGCAGCACCACGUCGCUGUCGUCGCAGGGAUCGGUGCGCGACAAAAAGAAGGGCAAGUUCUCCAAGGCCGACAUUGGCGCCCCGUCCGACUUUCGGCACGUCGGCCACAUUGGCUGGUCCCCCGAGAAGGGCUUUGACGUCACAACAUUCCGCAGAGUGGCAGACGCUCUUCCAGAAGGC